AUGAUGACCGUCGAUAAGUCGAAACGGUCAAUCGCUAAUUCACCCAGUCCGUUUUGUGCCAAACGUGAAGUAUGUUGGGAGUAUUUUAACGUGACCAUCACCUUGCUCCUCUACUUGCGCAGUGCACACUACGUCGCUCAUGUGCGUGUCGUCAAGGUCUCGAUCUCUCCUGAAGCUAGCGCUUUAUACCAGGAUGUUCUCUAUGUAAACGUUGUUAUCCAUCAAGUUUCCAGAACCGUUAUCCUUCGACCGCCUGGAGCCAACUCGGCUGAGCACAAGGCAUCCAACUACAGCCUCUCCAAAUUUACUUCACCUUACUUCGUUAUGAGCGACGAGCACAAGGAUAUUUUACAGAAACACUUCCGAGGAACGUUAUUAGAACAACGACCGGAUGUCUUCCACAAAACCAUGUUAAUGUGCAUUCAAUCAAGUCCAAAGCUGAAUGAAAUUAUUGCUUGCCAGAUGUAUUGUUUCCGGGACUUGACCAAAUGGCCGAAACUCAAUAGACUCAGCCAAGCACAAUGCCAAUUCUUUGAGCGUUUAAUCCAUGAACAUCAUCUCGAUAGUUCGGCUGUAUCUGAAGCCGUAUACCAGCUUGGUAUCAUACAUUUCCGAUACGCUCAAUAUGGUCUCAAACCACAUUUUCUGGAUAUAUGGAGACAACACUUUGAGGAAUUGCUGGAGAAGCUCAAGUUUGAAAAUUCAGACGAGAAAUCAUUAUUCCUAGAAGCUUCCCGAGUUUUAACGAGAUUCUUAGCUGAAACUAUGAAUCUCGCAUACUCACGAUGUCAACAAGAAGCCGCUAUAAAAGCCAAGGAACAAACAAAUGACUCAUUGAUGGAAACGGCUCCUGUUAUUGAUAGCAAGGCCAUCAAAUCGCGUUUUCUUCGUCCAUCAGCAGAAAUGACGUCUAUUAGCAGUGUGGUCGAGUUUCUUUCAUCUGAAUUUUCAUGUAUAGAAGAUAUUACGGAUGAAUGGGUAUCGUCCAGCACCGAAGGCAAUUACAACGAUUUCUCUUCGAUAUCUGCGAUUUUCACUCCUUCGUUCUACGAAAAUGAUCGAGCAACGAUGCGACUGAGACAAUUGCUCACUAUCCUUGCGAAGUUCGAGGAAGAAAGUGAUGAUGCUGAAAUUUGGACCGAGAUGGCCAAGAUUAACAUUUCUGGGAAACAGCUUUCCGUGCUGCUAUGGUACUCGAUAGAAUGGGGGCUUGAGAAGAACAGCUCGUUCGAGCAGUUCGAGAGAGGUGCCUUAGCAGCUUGCGCUUACUUAAUUCUUGCCAGCAUCAAGGAUGCGAAAGCCUAUAACAUUUUCAAUCCCCACCUUUACCAGAAAUGUCUUGGUAUGUUCCGCUCUCUGUACCGUUGUCUCACAUAUGAUGCACGAGCUGCGGCUGCUAAGAGUAAAUCCAAAGGAAAAGGAAAGUCAAAGAAGAAACAACAGAAUGAAACCAGAACAGAAAUUACUGAGGAGGGAGAGGAGACAUUCAGCGCCGCGUCUUUUGACAAGGAAGAAGUGAGACGCUUGCUCGAAGAAUCUUGUGAGGCGAUGUUCUCACUACUGGACAAAGUGUCUCUUUCUGGUUACUCUGGAAUGUCUCAUGAAACGGCACUGUUAGUGCGCGACUUGGCUCGCAUCGACAUAUACGCUGAUGCAAAGGUUGACAUUGUGGAAAAUCCGGGACAAUUCAAAAAGCUUCGUAAAUUCUGUGACCGCUCAUUUGCUCUCAUGCAUCGACUCAUUGACGAGCGUCACAGUGCUGGUGGAUAUGCGGUAAUAUCUCGCAUAAUCUAUCCGAGAUUAGCAUUUUGGACCUUCGAGUGUGAUGUUAUUCCAUCAUCCACUACUAUUCCUGCUGUAUUCACCGUAUGGAGAGAUCUCAUGGUCAAGUUUAUCAAGAUUAGAGCUCAGAUUGGGAAAAUGGACGAACUGCUUGCUAUUUUCAAGGUGUUGGAAAACUUAUAUCAGCGCUGCACCGAUCGAUUGGACUACCGCACACGUCUAGCACAAUCCGUGAUUCUUGUAUUGCAAACCUUGCCACGUGUAUUCCACUUUGAGUUUGUACAACGGAUCGAUCGCUUCUCCAGAACUCAGAAGGUAGCAGUACGGAACUUCACGUGCGAGAUUGCACCACUAGUUCUCACAAAUUUCGAUUUGUCUGAUCCAGAUCCGGGCCUUUAUGAUGAAAUUGACAAUGUUAACAAAACAAUCGCUCAGGCUGGCGACGCCACCACAUCUACGGUUGUACUCGAACCGAAACAAGAGGAACUGCAAGGUUACAGCGACGAGGAAGAUGGAACUUCGGCCAUCAACUCAAGUAGUGAAAAUGAUGGCGACUCAGAUAAGGAGAAUAACCAGAAGAAGGAGAAAACUAAGAUACCUAAGAGGACUUUAGCACAGAAGGAAAAACCCGUUCGUGUACCGGUUUUGCCUGCACUCUACACUUGCAUAAUUCGUUGCUGCAUCGAUAAAGCAUCUACCGUUCGCAUCCGAGCCAUGUUUCAUUUGGCUUCGUUGCUCGGCAUUACCGAACACAGUGGCCAAUUGUUCUACCAUGCAACGAAAAUGUUCGAGGAGUCGCCAAGAAUUUUUGUGGGUGGAUUUAGUCAAAAUGAGGAAGGCACAGAAAACGAUGAUGAAGAGAUCAAUGAGGAAAUGUUCCUUGAUGAUUCAGAGAUUGUCAUUGAAAACGUUAUGCUGCAUAUUAUUCUCACAGGAGCUGUCGAUGAUACGGCUGGCGUACGUAAAAACUCUCUCAUGGCGUUGCAAGUCUUCUUUCCGGAUAUUGAAGAAUCGUCUCAAGUUGAAAAUGCUGUUAACUGCUUGAAGGAGCGUUGCUGUGAUAGUUCUUUGAUGGUUCGUAAACAGGCUGCAGAAGUGCUUGAUCACCUUUUCAGUACUUGCAUGCCACACAGAAAGCAGCUCCAGAAAGGAUGGUUAACUGCUGUUCUUCCAAUGAUCAACGAUCGGGAACAAAGUGUGCAACAGUUGGUUGCACAAGUUGUUGUGAAGACAAUUCUGAAUCCACUUUUUGGAGAAAUGGAAGAGAACUCUUGGAAACUCUUGCGUGCAAUUGAACUGGAAAAUAAUAACCGUCGGCUGUUGAUCCGUGCGCUCAUGCACGAAUAUCGGGAAGGGCGCGUGAAAUCCGUGAUAGUUGAUGCGCUGAACAAUAAACUCGACUCGUCUCCUGAGCAUAGCGAUGUUAUAUGGAUGCUUCUUGCUGACCUGAGUGUAAUAUUCAAAGUGAAGCCGCAGAAAGCUGUGCAUGCUUGGUAUGCACUUGAAGAUGGUGAUCCGAACAACAGGGUUCGUUAUGUGGCCAAGGUACUUACUAAAAACUCUGGUGAUCUCAAGUCUGACAUAAAGUCAGAUCUCGUUGCUGACCUCAAAUCCAAGAUCUCAAACUUUAGAAUCCAUGCGCCAAAUAUAUCGUCUGCUUACCUUUGUCUGGCAAAAUUGUUGGAUGCUAUUGGGGAAGAAGGCAAAGGGAAGAAGGAACUAGAAAAAUUUGGAAGAGGAAUUCUGAUGGAUUGUCGAGGUAGGAUCCGCGAAUCUCUUCAGAAAAUUGAGGAGGAAUAUGACGACGCUGAUAAAUUGCAUGCUCGUGAGACGUCAUUGAUACGUAUGAUUACAACCAUUGGUGAAAUAGUGCAGUUUUCAUCAGGGCUGAUGACAGCUGGAUUACGUCACUUUGAUGCCCUUAAGACUGUUCUUGCAUCAGACAUUUUUAACGAGGAGGACCUCCCUGUACUCAACUCUGCUAUGCCGUCAUUGAACCCCUCACCAACAAACUCGCGCGCCCCUUCACCCACUAAUUCUGUGACUAGCGACGGUGGCUCUUCACAACCAACUUCCACGUCCUCGCAAGGAACAUCGUCAUCUCACGGAGGCCCUGUGAUCCCGCAACAUAUUGUCAAGGCAGCAAUGACUAACCGCCGCGCUCUGUUAACUCCGCGAGUUCGAGCGCAUGCUGUUUUGACAAUCGGAAAGUUCUGUCUCAUGGACGAGAAAAUUGCAAAGGCAACAAUACCUGUCUUUGUGAAACAGUUGAAACUAAACUCCGAUCAUGUGAUUAGAAACAAUAUCGCGCUUGUCGUUUGUGAUCUGUGUAUCAGGUAUACUCUAAUGGUGGAUCGUUAUUCCCCUAUUGUAGCCGCUUGUCUUAAAGACAAAUCCACCCUGGUACGCCAGCAGACUCUUGAGUCGCUCACAUCAUUAAUUAAGGAACAGUUCAUUAGAUGGGAAGGACAGAUUAUGUAUCGUUUUGUUUCAACUAUCUUGGAUGAAAACAAAUUAAUCAGUGACUACACGAAAUUUUGCUUGCGCGACGUUUUGCUGCUGCAGUUCCCAGACUUGUUUGAAAGUCAUUUUCUUGAGUGUCUUAUGUAUUUCAAUAAUGUUCCAGUGAGUUGUGAACGAGAAAUAGUGCAAAAAGAGGUUGAUCAAUCUCAACAAGUUUGCCUUUAUGGCAACAAUAACAUGGAGAAUCGUCUGACUAUUUACAAGUUUAUGCUGAGUACAUUUGACGACCCAAAGAAAUUCGGUUUGAUGGCACAAAUUUGUACUCAGAUUCUCUGUCCGCUGAUGAACGGGAAAUUUAAGUAUGAAAAUUCGCACGUGCGUGCACUCGUAAAGGAUGCUCUGACGGUCAUGUCUCUAAAAGAAAUCAAACUAAACAUGGAUGUUGGUAAAGGACCAGACGAAGAAGAUGAGCCACCCGCUGCGGUUGUGGCUGUUGCAAAAGAGAUUGUCACUACUGCGUUUCGUAAGGCUAUGCUUGAGUACGUUAUGCCCACUUUACUAGAUCUACGUGUUUACCUUAAUGAACGACGAUCCGCACUGCGUAAGGAACUCUACGCUGUGUUCCGUGUUAUUUGUCGCGAACACAAAGAAAAAAUUGACGAAUUCUUGGAUGGUGACGAACAGCUGAAAGCUGAAGUUGAGUAUGAUAUUCGAAGAUACGAGUUGCGUGAAAAGGCUGAACGCGCUGCAGCAAAGAGACGUGCCGAGGAAGCUGCAGCGGGAAGACGUCUGUCGAGAAGGUCUUUGGCAAUAGUUAGACGAGACGAAAGGGAAGAUGAUAUGAAUUCGACGCAAUCAAAUUCUUCUCAGAAAGAUGAUAACGGCGUGUUGGAACAAGGGCCCUCUGCACAAGGGUUCGCGAUUCCAAACCCUCCUUCGAAACAAGUUGGACGUAAAUCUACUCAUAAGAGCAGCUUAGCAGGUCACACUAUUCCAGUCGACGAAAUGUCCAGUGAUAGGAUGAAUAAACUUGGCAAUGUCGGUGUACCAGAAGGAUGCAGUCAAGCCACCAAUCCCGCUUUGAAUUCGUCUACGUCGGGUCCUGAUACGAAUUCCAGUACGACUAUAUCGCCAAUGCCAAAGUCAUCCAUAACAACUAGUCCAAGGACAACCUUGUCGACAAGUCUUACUUCAUCUAUGGCAGACAGUGGUCCUGAGGAACGCCAAAAUGCUGUUUGUGCAAGUGACAGAACUGACGCAAGCGAUGGACAUUUGAGGAGAGUCGAUAGAACUGCUGACCCUGCUGUUCUCACUUGCGCUGGUCAACUCCUCAGUGAAUCGACUGAGAAGGCAGGAAGAUUUGAGAAUACCCUCAGGACUAGUGCGACCAGUUCAUCUGGAAGCCACGAGGUCGCUGGAAUCGAUGAUGGCAGCGAAUCUGCUAAUAAUAUCAAAGGAGACGCAAGCCAUAGUAAGAGCAAAACAAAACGUGGGAACAUCGUCAGCACAGAUGCUGCAAUAACUGGUAGUUGUGGUGACAGUAAUCCUGCACCCGGCAGUGUAGUAGAGUCAAGGAAUAUUGCUGAACCUAAGAGUUGUCCAAUGGACGUGGUGGAGUCAGACAAUCGAACUGAUACUAACAGUAUUCCAAUGGAAGUUGACACCACGAAUUCAAGCGGGGGUGAAAAAAUGCUAGGAAAGGAAAAUUUCCGUGAACCAGGUGAGCGGCCUAAACGUCGCACUGUUCGUCCUGCUUUCUCAUCCAAGUCGGAGACAUCCGUAGUUACCCAGAGUUCGAAAACCUCCUUAGCAUAUUCCUCAUCAAGCGAAGGUGCGGUAGGCGGUCGUGCUGCUUCAACUCCUAUUAAGGAAAUUGCUGAGCUUACAUUCGCUGAUCUCAAUUUGUCUGCUAUAUCUUCUGAAAAGUCGGGAGCGCUUUCGAGCAGAAGUCGUUUAGCUCGCCAUCUAACAUAUCGCUCUGAAGUGGACGACAUUGAAGAAGAACAGUAG